UAUUUCGGGAAGCGCAUUUAUCAGACGAACUAAACUACGUAUCCGCCGACAAAAACAAAAAGAGGCCAGCAAUGUCCGGCUCCGGAUAUGAUGCAGUGGUAGACGUGGACGAUGAGGGCGACCUCGGGGACACCGAUCUCCAAGAAGAUCUCGAAUUCCACAGCUCCAACUUCAAUGAGCCCUCUUCCUCAAGAGGCGGCCGCAAGGCGCCAGCAUCAGGGCUCCCACCACCAGCGACAUCCUCCUCCUCCUCCUCCUCAAAGCGCUAUCUCUGGAGCAUGUCGUUCUAUGCGCAGUUCUUCGACGUCGAUACAUCCGCUGUUCUAUCGCGCUGCUGGGCGGCCUUGUUCCCGCGGGCAAACUUCCUCGACGUAUUAGAGGGAAAUCCCGACCUGUACGGGCCGUUUUGGAUCGCAACGACAGUCGUCCUGAUUCUAUUCCUCGGAGGCACAAUCAGCCAAUAUCUUUCGACGACGGGCAAGUCCGCGUUUGCGUAUGAUUUUAGGCUACUCAGCGGCGCGGCGGGCCUGAUUUACGGCUAUACCUUGGUCAUCCCGGUGGCCCUGUACCUUGCUCUUCGAUACUUUGGAAGCGAAUCGGCGAACCUCCUUGAAAGCUGGGCUCUGUACGGAUACUCGAAUCUGAUAUGGAUACCCGUUGCUGUGAUUUCGUGGUCACCAAUCUCCAUCCUUAACUGGGUCUUUGUGGGUGUUGGAUUCGGCCUGUCUGUGGUGUUCCUGGUGCGAAACCUAUAUCCAGUAUUGAGUGCGACCGAUCAACAAAUCAGCAAGAUCCUUCUCGUUGUCGUCAUUCUACUACACGCCGGUCUUGCUUUGACCAUCAAGAUCCUCUUCUUUGCCCAUGGAAGUCCGGUUGCGCGAACUCCUACCGACGGUGGCUCUGAUACGCCGCAAUAAUGGCUGCUUUGGCAAUUGGUGAUGGAUAAUGGGAGUGUUUCCAGAGUUGAAAGAAGAAAGACUUGUCCUGAGAUGCAGAUUUGCAUGAGAAUGCCAGAAAUGUGGCCAGAGCAAUGUACACUACACACAGCACAGUUAGCUAUGCCUCAAUUUACAUGAUGGAACAUGAAUGUAUAUUUAUUACAGAUUUUGGAUUAUGUUUGUUCUUUCUUGCCUACCAGCCCAGGUGCUCCUCGGUAUGAACGACCUUUUAUCUUCCCUCUUAGUCCCGCGCCAUCAGUUUAUAUACAGCUGUAACAUCAACACCAAGAAUCAUCGCCGUUCCGAUACGACACAACCGCCGCCCCAAUGGCUUAAUUGUCCUUCUUUCCCUGCUUAACCACCUCGACCGGCCCCUUGUUCUUAUCCCAAUCGAGCCAGCUGCCCGGGUACUCGCCAACACUCUCCCAUCCAGCAUGUUGCGCCAAACCCGCUGCCGCCUUGGCCCGCACGCCAGCCUUGCAGUAGAACACCAGCGAGGCAUCCUUGGGCGGGCGGGCGUAGCCGUACAUGUCUUCAAAGUCCUCGUCGGAGAUGUGGAAGCUCUGGACGGCGGAGGUGAUGGGGAUGUUGAUGGCGCCGGGGAUCUUGCCGGUGUCGAGGAGCUCGUAGGGUUCGCGGACGUCGACGAGGAUGACCUUUUCCUCGGGGUCCUUCUUCUCGACCAGCGUCUUGAUCUCGUCAAAGCCCCAGAUGCGACUAUUCGGCACCUGGUUCUCGGCACUGCCAGAGUACCACCGCAUAGCACCGACGCUCCUGCUGUGGUCCCUUGGCCGCAACGAAGGCAUUGGUCGAAUCGCCGCAGAGGCCAUCGCCGUCCUCGCCGCAGCGACUGUCACUGGAGCAGUCAUCCGCGAUGUGAUGCGCCGCAGCGCAAGCCGCUGACAAGCUUGCCGAGUUGCCAUGAUUGUGACUUUGCCGGC